CACCUCCAAGGUGGAACAGGGGGAAUGCAACUGCAACCACAAUGGCGGCUUGACAGUGCCACACCAUCGGACACUUUGCUGGAUGCCCAUGGCCCCGACAGCUUGGAUCCGGUCCUCGGUCUAGCUCUUGUGGGACCGGGGCUUACAUCCGCCCUCCGGAGGCGUCGCGUGGCUGUUAUGGUUACGCAGGAGGAGUGGCCAAUCGACUGGGGGUCGCUCGCAAUCAUCGGUCAUUGCGACGAGCCGACGCAACGGGCCCCCAGCUUUGUUGUUGUAUCGUAUUUUCUUGCGCGUCGAGUCCCCGACUACACAUGUUCGAUCUUCGCAGCACUGCUCCAAAUCUGGUCCCUUUCCUGGCGAAUAAACUUGCACCUCUCACCCUGUGCUCCCUUCCUCUCACCCAUAACUCCAACUUUAUUCUUUAAUACGGCGGAGUGGGCUGCUACUCAGCCGGGACUUCUUUCUGGCCUCCAAAAAAAACCAGCCAUCGUCGAUUGCCCAAAGGAAUCAAAUGUUGAUGCCCAAACAAGACAUUUUCUCCCAGUUCCCUGGCCAGUGGGAACAAACAUGCUGGGCGGCACACACAGACACACACAGACACACACAGAUAUAUUCACAGAGACACAGAUCCAUACACCCCAGGUCGCAUCGCUUUGUCCGCGCAUUGAUAAACACAUUGAUAACCAACAUUGUCGACAAGCCGCAGGAGCGCGGGUCGUGGGUGGCAAUGUAGCAGGUCGACGGACCAAGGCGCCGGUCUCUCCGUCAAAGGUCACAAGCAACCGCCAUUUUGCUCAUUACGCUUUCUGGCCCGGUUGAAACCUACUAGUAGCAUGCUGCUCUCUGCUUCCACCG